CUAGACAUCUGUAGUACCUGACAUUCAAGCAUUUGGCAAGAUGUCAAUAUUUCAGAGAGCACUUUAAAUGUUUUGAUUUGAGAGCUAAUGCAGUGCUUCCCACUGGUCAACACGAGCAGUCCGGGCAGAAAGCAAAAUCUAUUUCCUUCAACAUCAAAUGCCACACUCAGUUGCUGAUCCUAUCUUGCCUACAGAGAACCUAAGAGACUGGAAAAAUUGGUCACGGCAAGCAAGUUCUGAUGGCUUUAGUGAGAAAAUGAAAAAAAGCCUUGGCAAAGGAAGAAAUAUCAGGGAUAAAGAGGAGCCAAAGGUUACAAUGUACUUUAGAAAUAGAAGAUUUCGACAAGGGGAAAUCAAUGAUAUCUAAUGCUGCAAAGAGGUCACGAAACAGGAUAACUGAGAAAAAGACAACAGACUUAGAAAUUAGGUCCCUGACAGCUUCUGAGAAGUGUGGUUUAGCAGUUACAUGUGCAAAUUUGUUACUUGGGUAUAUUGUGUGACACUAUCCUUUUGGGCUUCUAUUGAACCUAACACCCAAAUAGUUAACACAGAACCCAACAGAUCUUCAAAGAAAAAUCACUUUGGCCACUUCAAGACGACAAGCACUCACUGGGCAAAAUUACUUCAUUGAAAAAAGACUUCAUAUUAUGCAAAAAAAUUUAAAAAGGCCUCUGCUUUCAGAAGUUACAAGAUGAUCAAUUCGACCUCCACACAGCCUCCAAAUGAAUCCUGCUCUCAGAACAUCCUGAUCACUCAGCAGAUCAUUCCUGUGCUGUACUGUGUGGUCUUCAUUGCGGGAAUCCUACUCAAUGGAGUGUCAGGAUGGAUAUUCUUUUACGUGCCCAGCUCUAAGAGUUUCAUUGUCUAUCUCAAGAACAUUGUUAUUGCUGACUUUGUAAUGAGCCUGACUUUUCCUUUCAAGAUCCUUGGCGACUCGGGCCUUGGCCCCUGGCAGCUGAACGUAUUUGUGUGCAGGGUCUCUGCCGUGCUCUUCUACGUCAACAUGUAUGUCAGCAUUGUGUUCUUUGGGCUCAUCAGCUUUGACAGAUAUUACAAAAUUGUAAAGCCUCUUUGGACUUCUUUCAUCCAGUCAGUGAGUUACAGCAAACUCCUGUCAGUGAUAGUAUGGAUGCUCAUGCUCCUCCUUGCUGUUCCAAAUAUUAUUCUGACCAAUCAGAGUGUUAGGGAGGUUACACGUAUAAAAUGUAUAGAACUGAAAAAUGAACUGGGACGGAAGUGGCACAAAGCAUCAAACUACAUCUUCGUGGGGACUUUCUGGAUUGUGUUUCUUUUGUUAAUCAUUUUCUAUACUGCUAUCACGAGGAAAAUCUUUAAGUCCCACCUUAAGUCAAGACGGAAUUCCACUUCAGUCAAAAAGAAAUCCAGCCGCAACAUAUUCAGCAUCGUGUUCGUGUUUUUUGUCUGUUUUGUACCUUACCACAUUGCCAGAAUCCCCUACACAAAGAGUCAGACCGAAGAUCAUUACAGCUGCCAGUCAAAAGAAAUCUUGCUGUAUAUGAAAGAAUUCACUCUGUUACUCUCUGCUGCAAAUGUAUGCCUGGACCCUAUUAUUUAUUUCUUUCUAUGCCAGCCAUUUAGGGAAAUCUUAUGUAAGAAAUUGCACAUCCCAUUAAAAGCUCAGAAUGAACUAGACACUUCCAAAACCAAAAGAGGAAAUACAAUGCUUGAAAGCACAGAGACUUUGUGAGUUCCUACCUUCUUCCAAAUAAAGACCAUGUGUGCAUGUUGUCAUCAAUUACAUAACAGAAAUGAAGAAAUAUGUGCCUCAUCAUAAGUAGCGUCUCUAUCAUUACUAUCCAAUUUAGUUCAAUAAAAUUCAUGUAAGUUUCCAUCCUUUUUUGUAACAUUAAAGAAAACAUAUCCAUCAGUAAUUUCUCUCCUAAUACUGACCUUUCUAUUCUGUUAAUAAAAAAAUACAUAACAAUUAUUCAAUUCUAUUCCAUUAAAAUAAGUUUAAGUUUAUAACCACUAGUGUGAUCAGUUAAUGUAGAAAUUUAAAUAGUAAAUAAAUAGGAUGUAAUCAAAGACAAUUCACUCAGGCGUCAUCUUUCUCUAAACACAAGAAUCUAGUCUGUAAUUGUUUUCGACACUGUCCUUAAAAACCAUCUUAAAAGCAGGCACAGAUUGAUGAAGGGCUAGAGGGCUAUUUGCAACAAAAAAAAGUCAAGUUUUCUCUUGAUUUGAAGAGCAAGAUAAGCAGACACCCAGAAAAUCACUUAAGAAACCCCUUAUUGGUUUAUUUCACAGCACUGCAAAGGAAAAGGGAUAUUAAUUGUAUACUUUGCAAGAAAAAAAUUUUUUCUGAUGCGCUUUGAGGAUACUAGAUAUAUGCUAAAUAUGUCUUCUACAAAGAUUUAUUAUGCCAUUUAAUGAGCCUGGGGUUCUGGUGUUAGAAUAGUUUUAAGUAGGCUCUACUGAGAGAAACUAAAUAUUGGCAUAUGUUAUUAGCAACUUCCCCUGUUCAACAGUAUGGGAAAAAGAUGAUUGUGAAAAAGUCACACCCGCACCCUAGAACAUAUAUUAUUCUACUGGGGAAGAGGAAAGGAGACCACUUUCUUAGAAAGCAAAUGAACUUGAUUUUUCUAAUGUAAAAUUUAAUUUGUGCAAAAUAACACAUAAAAUGAAAAUUCAAAAAUUCACACAUCAUCUUUUCUGGAAAAACAGGUGAAUUUUACAUCUAGAGACAUGACAUAUGGUUACUGGCUUAUGAGCUGCUCAAACUAAACUAUUUCUCUGCUAUUAACUGGCUAGAAGACACUCAUCCAUUUUUCAAACAUUCUUUCAAAAUAUUUUUAUAAGUAACGUUUGUAUCUAUUUCAUUCUUUACUGUCUAUAUACUAAUAAAGAAAUUUUGUAAUACU